AUGCACAAGCACUUCGACUUCUCUCUGGACUUUACGGAAUGCGCAAUAGUCGACGUGCAUACCCUGUCACGGAUCUUUCCAGGUGAAACACGACAGAAGCCCCCUAUACCUAACGCCAGGACAGCCCGGCGACACUUCCACUCCUUUCCCUCUCCCAACCGCCGUGUCGGCCAUUUCGGCGCAACCUACAGGACCGAGUUCCGAUUGUCUCUCAGUCGCUCAAACGGGCGCACAAUCGUCACUGGCCGGAUGGUCCGAGUCGUGCCACCUGCAAAUCCGGCCCUUCCGUACCGUUGUCGCUCCGGCAUAUUCCACCACACAAACACACAACAACACGGACACGGACUCGGAAUAGAAGGCGAUCGCAGAAAACUUGGCGCCUCCCAAACCAUCCAACACCCUACCCAGUGGAUUACUACUCAACUGCCGUCCAGCCCCAAGGUCGAUCACUUGGUAGAAAUCGCACCGACUACCAAGUGA